AUGGCUCGCACACGACAGAUGGCCAACGCAGAGAGCAAGCAAAAAUCCACUGUAGCAGCCAUUCCCACUGCUAAUGGCAAAGCACACGCUGAAUUGAGCACGAUCGAGUCGAACAAGAUGCCUCAAUCCCCCCAAGCCCAGAAGUCUCUCAAGUCUCACACCAAGCGUCGGAAGCCUCGUUCGGCAUUGCGUCGCUUCAAGGACACCUGUUUGAAGCACACAUGGCUAUUGCCUCUGAUAAUCCUUAUUGUUCUGCUUUCAGCCUACGCGGUGAACCCCACCGAGUCGAACCCGUUGCACAACGCCAUCUUCCUCUCCUACGCUCAAGAACCGAAGACCCCCGGGGGACCGGUGAUGUACGGCAAGGGUCCCAAGGAUUUUGCGUUCGUGGGAUUCUACACCGUCGUGCUCUCUUUCACACGCGAGUUUCUCAUGCGGUGCGUCAUUCGGCCGUGGGGGAAAUACUGCGGAAUCAAGGGCAAGUCCAAGAUGGCGAGGUUCAUGGAGCAGGUCUACACAGCGAUUUACUUUGGUAUCUUUGGUCCGUAUGGGCUGUAUGUCAUGAAGCAGACGGAUAUCUGGUAUUUUAACACCACUGCCAUGUUCGAAGGCUUUCCUCAUCGGGAGCAUAUGGCCAUCUUCAAGGCGUACUACUUGCUGCAGGCCAGCUACUGGGCCCAGCAGGCCAUCGUCCUGAUGCUGCAACUGGAGAAGCCAAGGAAGGACUUUAAAGAACUUGUGAUGCACCACAUAAUUACGUUGGCUCUGAUCUUCUUGAGCUAUCGCUUCCACUUUACCUACAUGGGCAUUGCGGUCUACAUCACACAUGAUGUUUCGGACUUUUUCCUUGCGACUUCGAAAACCUUGAACUACCUCGACUCCUCAAUCAUCGUGCCGUAUUACGGUCUAUUCGUUAGUGUAUGGAUCUACCUCAGACAUUUUAUCAAUCUGAAGAUCCUCUGGGCCUGCUUGACCGAGUUCCGUACCGUCGGACCGUACGAGUUGAACUGGGAGACGCAGCAGUACAAGUGCUGGAUCAGCCAGAUAAUUACCUUCUCUCUGCUCGCUAGUCUGCAGGCUGUGAACCUCUUCUGGCUCUACCUGAUUCUGCGGAUUCUUGCCAACUAUAUCUUCAACAAUGUGAAGAAGGACGAAAGAAGCGAUGAUGAAGACGAGGAAAUGGAAGAUAUUUUGCAUGAGGAGCAGACGAAUGGUCGUGCGAUCACCACCGCUACUGAUGUCGACAAGGUUCUUUCGGCUGCGAAGCGAAAUUCUGCGAAGGAGAACGGAAAGCCGCCAGCUUCGAUCAACGGAGGAACGACCAAUGGAUCUGUUAACGGAGCAGGCCGAAAGACUCGCAGCAGCAGCAAGAAAUAA